GAUUUCAUUCUGCUGUUUAACGGAGAUGGAUCAGGAUCCGAGAUCUUCUGUUUCCGGCAAGCCCGCGGCGGCGAUCGAGCACCGUGCCUAUGCUCGGAUUGGGUUCCUCGGUAACCCUAGCGACGUUUACUUUGGCCGUACGAUCUCCUUCACCAUCGCCAAUUUCUGGGCAUCUGUCAAGCUCGAGCCUUCCGAUCAUCUCCUGAUCAAGCCCCACCCUUUCCAUGAUCUCGUUCAGUUCCAUUCGAUCCACCAUCUCGUGAGUCGCUUGCAAAGCGAGGGAUACUAUGGUGGUGUUAGGUUGCUUAUGGCGAUCUGCAAAGUCUUCCGUAACUACUGCAAGGAAAAUGGCAUAGUGAUUCAUGAAGGAAACUUCAGUUUAUCUUAUGAUACCAAUAUCCCUAGGCAGACAGGGCUUUCAGGUUCCAGUGCCAUCGUGUGUGCUGCUCUUAGCUGCCUCCUUGACUUCUACAAUGUCAGGCAUUUGAUAAAAGUGGAAGUUCGGCCGAACCUUGUCCUUAAUGCCGAGAAAGAACUCGGUAUUGUUGCAGGUCUACAGGACCGGGUCGCACAGGUCUAUGGGGGUCUUGUUCACAUGGACUUUAGUAAGGAUCACAUGGAGAACUUGGGACAUGGGAUUUACACCCCUAUGGAUACCAGUCUCCUUCCACCUCUACAUCUCAUCUAUGCCGAGAAUCCAAGUGACUCUGGCAAGGUACAUAGCACAGUUCGGCAGAGGUGGUUAAACGGUGAUGAGUUGAUAAUAUCAUCAAUGGUAGAAGUAGCAAACAUAGCAGAAGAAGGGCGGACAGCAUUACUCGGAAAGGACUACUCCAAGCUCUUCGAACUCAUGAACCGUAACUUUGACCUUCGAAGGAGAAUGUUUGGGGAUGAAUGCUUGGGAGAGGUGAACAUAGAAAUGGUGGAGGUGGCAAGGAGGGUAGGUGCAGCUUCAAAGUUCACCGGGAGUGGAGGAGCCGUGGUGGUGUUCUGCCCAGAAGGGCCUUCUCAGGUUAAGCUUCUCGAAAAUGAAUGCAAGAAAUCAGGAUUCAUACUUCAGCCGGUCAAGAUCUCCCCUCCGUGCCUCAACGAUGUUGAUCGCCAGACCUUAUCAUAAGAAGAACCCUUUGUCUCUUGAAAUCCAAACAACAUUUCGCUUCUUUAGCAAUAGAGCUCUUGGCAUUGCAGUGCAGCUAUUUUCCUUACAAGAGAGAAGUUUUUAUGAACUUGAAACCUAUCCCCUGAACUUGAGCUUGUAACGUUC